ACCACUCCCCACCUUCUUUGACUCUUCUCAGCGGGAAGAGGGCUACUCCUGGUGGCAUGGUCUGUGGGAUGUUGUCGUCCUCUUGAAGUCUGACCAAUGCUCUCAUUGUUUUGGGCGGUUCCAGCGGCAGGGCGUCAUCGCCGUUGUCGGCCUCUUGCAGUUCCGCCAGUUGUCUCUGGUUCUCCAUUUGUUGUUGCCAGUAGGCUUGCAAUUGUUGCUGUUGUUGAUGGAGAACUUGUUCAUGCUGGUUGCAGAGUUGCUGCUGCCAUUGUAACUGAAGGUGGCGCUGUUGCAGCAGUUGUUCUUGCUGUUGUCGUUGGUGAUGUUGCUCCAACUGGGCCUGUAGCAGAAGUCGGAGGUGUUCUUGGAUGCUCGCCUAAUGCAUCUCGUGUUAAUGUUGCUGCUGCUGAGCCUGCCAGUGUACAUGCUGCAGCAUCUGUAUUUGCACUUGGUUUUGAUGUUCGUGUUGUUGUUGUUGCUGCUGCAAGUGUUGGCUGCAGUGCGCUUCUUGCGUCUGCUGCUGUAGCAGGAGGUUGUGCUGUUGCUGUUGUUGGUGUUGGUGCAACAGUUUUUGUUGAUUAUCACCCAAACGACAAGAACACGAAGUACUUGUUGACGAAUUACGAAGGAGGCGAGUCCAAAUCAGAUAUACAUCAUGGUCAUGCAUCAUGUGGAGAGGAAGGCUUGGAAGAUCCGCAGACAGACGAGCCCCAACCACCGCCUGUUGCAGCGCGGGCAGUUGUCGGCAUUGCAAACAUGCUUGCUGAUGCACUUGAUGAGGCUGUCGAGGGUGGAGGUGCAGCGGAUGGCGGAGGCGGUCAGGAAGGGCAAGGGUCGACAGCACGAACGACCACCUUGAGACAGACCACUGUGCGACGGUGGGUGGACAAUGCGGCGCAGAAGAAGCUGGACAUUGCGUGGGCAGAGGCCAUGUUCAGGAAGAAUCGGCCAGUGAUGAACUUCUUGGCGGCGGGGGACCAAGGGGCGGUGCUCGUGACAACGGUGGCAAUGAGUGGUAGGAAGAAGAAUGCAGUGGCAUUGGCGAAGUUGUGGGAGCAAAUAAUGAGGGAGAUUGGACUGCAACGCAUCAACGCGAUCUGCACCGACAACGCUGAAGUUAACAAGAAGGCGGCGCAGAUCCUAGAACGGUGUAAGGACAAGGACGUGGCCAGAACGGGGCACACUGUUGCAGUCUCCUUCUCAAGGAUUUGUCUCCUUCUCAAGGAUUUGGUCAACCUAUCAUGGAUCAAGGGCACAGUGAAAACCGCGAACACAAUCGUGAAGUUCAUCUGGAAUCAUCAUGCCACACACGACUUGAUGAUGAUUGUUGAUGACUCAUUGUCGUGGCUUCGUCUGACGGAAGUGCGGUUUGGAUCUGUGUAUCAAAUGCUCCAACGGCUAACAGACAGAAAGGAUGUUCUUGUCGAGAUGGUGGAUGGGAGGUCGGUUGGAAAGUGGAGAGCGUUGAGAUGGUCAGGGGAAAAGUUGCGCAGGAGAGCCGACCUUGUGUACUACACAGUGAGGUCCGAGGUAUGGUGGUCGCAGGUGAGGAAGAUUGUGGACAUCAUGAAACCGAUCUUCCAGUUGCUGAAGAGAAUGGACGCAGAUGGAACACCUCCCACCAAUCUUGUUGAGUACGAUGAUAUGAUUGGGCAGAAAUUGACAAACGUGGUGCUGAUGAAGAAGGCCCGAGAGGAUGUCAUGGAGAAGGUGCGUGAUCGCGUGCGAAUGGUGAGGCAGUCGGUUCAUGUAGCUGCAUUCGUUCUUGAUCCACGACGGAGGAAUGAACGCUGGCUCUUUUAUCAGAUCAAUGCAGUGAUGCAAAAUGCAAUGCGCUUCUUCCUGAGGCAGAUUGGGGGUGAGUGGAACAACAAGGCACAUUCUAACUUGUGGGGGGAACUGAUGGAGUUCCUGAAGCAGCCCGCGAGGGUUGUGACGGAGAAUGUGUGCAGGGAGCCCGGGAAAACUAUGAAGAAGCAGAAGGAUGAGCACAUGUGGGAACAACCGGCGGUGGACGAUGUGAAGAGGCUUAACCCUGCGACCUGGUGGGCAGCACAUGGCGGGGAUGUCCUAACCCUUCAAGCAAUUGCAAUCAAGGUCAUGGGGAUGUGGAGCACUGCGACCCCUGCUGAGCGCAACUAGGCAUCCAUGGACUUCGUCCACAAGAAGAGACGAAACAGUAUGUCCCUCGCAUCCCUCGAGAAGCUUGUCUACAUACA